AUGAACCACUAUCCUGCCCGCGUCAUGGGGGGCCCCCAGGUUGGCCCAGCCCAGCGCCUGAACGAGCUUCUCGAUAGCAUCAAGGCCGAGUUUGAGACGGAAUCUCAGCGCAGCGUCGAAUAUGAGGGGCAGAUUUCCCGUCACAUUCAAGAAAUUGAAUUGAUCCGCAGCAAAGUUUACUCGCUCGAGCAGUCACACAAUCAGAUGAAAGCAAAAUAUGAAGAGCGCAUUGCCCAGCUAGAGCGUGAAGUCGAGGCUCGCGGCGGACCCAGCCAGAACUCGCAGCACCACGGCCCCUCGCAGCCACAGCCGCCACAGAUUGGCCAUGGACCCAGCAAUCUCUUUGGCGGCAUCAUGGCGGGUAGUGCUGCCCAGGGUGGCCCGGGACUGGCUCCUCCUCCACAAGAACCACCGCAGGGACAUGGAAUGCCACAGCAGCUUGGCGGUCCUCAAGGACCACCAGGACUGAACCCUGCCCCAGGCCCGCCACAGCACUUCGGUGGCUACCAGCCCGGCCCAUCCGUUAACGGCUACGGACCCCCCCAGCCUACUGCCUCACCCGGUGCUAAGCGUCCAGGCCCUGCCCGUGGACCUCCCAACCCAGCGACUCCUCAGCAGAACAACCCCGCCCCUUAUCCCGGAUCGCCCCAGGUCCCACGACCAACUCCUCCUCCCCACCACCAGCAGCCCAAUGCCUUGAUGCCACCCAAUCACAUUCCUCUCAGCCAGAGCAAUGUCCUGGCCGACCUCGACAUUGAGCAAUUGCCUGAGAACCUCAAGAAGGAGGGCAGCGAUUGGUUUGCUGUCUUCAACCCUCGCUCCAGGCGAGUUCUUGAUGUUGACCUCAUUCACAACCUACCCCACCAGAGUGUGGUCUGCUGUGUUCGCUUCAGCUUGGAUGGUAGGUGGGUCGCAACUGGUUGCAAUCGAUCCGCGCAGAUUUUCGAUGUCGAGACUGGUAACCCAGUCGCCCAUCUCCAGGACGGUAGUCUACCCGAAGAUGGAGAUCUCUACAUCCGAAGCGUCUGCUUCAGCCCCAACGGGCAAUAUCUUGCCACUGGUGCUGAAGACAAGGUCAUCAGGGUCUGGGACAUUGCUAGCCGCACCAUCAAGCAUCAAUUCACCGGCCACGAGCAGGACAUUUACUCGCUCGACUUUGCCAGGAAUGGAAAGAUCAUUGCAUCCGGAAGUGGCGAUAGGAGCGUCCGUCUCUGGGAUCUUGAGUCCAACAUGCAAGUUUCAAACUUCUCCAUCGAGGAUGGCGUCACCACGGUGGCCAUUUCGCCCGACAACCUCUACGUCGCAGCCGGUUCCCUUGACAAGAGUGUCCGUGUGUGGGAUAUCCAGACUGGCCAGCUUGUUGUCCGUCUCGAGGGCGAGCACGGCCACAAGGAUAGUGUCUACAGUGUUGCUUUCGCUCCUUCUGGUAACCGUCUGGUCAGUGGCAGUCUGGAUAAGACUAUCAAGAUGUGGGAGCUGUCUACCCAGAACCGCUUCGUUCCCAAUGGAAACCACCCUAGCGGCAAGUGCAUCCGCACAUUUGAAGGACACAAGGACUUUGUUCUCAGUGUCGCGCUUACCCCGCACGGUGAUUGGGUGCUCAGUGGUUCCAAGGACCGUGGCGUCCAAUUCUGGGACCCCCACACUGGUGUUGCACAGCUUAUGUUGCAGGGACACAAGAACUCUGUCAUUUCCGUCGCUCCCAGCCCUACAGGAGGCGUCUUUGCUACCGGUAGCGGUGACAUGCGCGCCCGAAUCUGGAGGUUCGAUAGGUACCCCGGACCUUAG